UUGCACAAGAGCUGGGCAAAGGUGAAAGGCCUGGUCCUGCCCCAAAUCCCUCAUCCCUCCGCUCCGCUUCAUUGACACCCCACCCUCUCACACUCCAGGCAGCUAACUUCACACAAACUCUGACCUCCUACUCACACUACUUCACUCUGGCCCAGGGCAGCCGAGACAGGAGGAAAGGCAGGAGAGCAUGAGCCGAUCUCCCCCCGAGCCCGUCCAACUCCGACCCCUGGGCUCCCGGGAGACCCUGACUCCUUUGCCCCCAGCACCCACUGCCCCCAGCCCCUCUCACGCUUGGGUGUCUCUGUCUGGGCCUCUGCCCUGGGGCCUCAGCUGUCUUCUGGCUCUACAGCAUAUCUUGGUCCUCACCUCACUGCUCUGUGUUUCCCACCUGCUCCUUCUUCGAAAUCUUCCCCCGGGGGCACUUUCUUACUCCCCUGCUCAGCUCCUGGCCUCCAGUCUCUUUUCCUGUGGCGUGUCUACUGCUCUGCAAACUUCAAUGGGCAGCAGGCUGCCUCUUGUCCAGGCUCCAUCCUUUGAGUCCCUUGUUCCUGCUUUGGUGCUGACCAGCCAGAAGCUACCUCUGGCCAUCCGAACCCCUGGAAACUCCUCCCUGCUGCGCUUGUGUGGGGGGCCUGGCUGCCACAGCCUGGAGCUCUGGAACACAUCUCUCCGAGAAGUGUCUGGGGCAGUGGUGGUAUCCGGGCUGCUGCAGGGCAUGCUGGGGCUAUUCGGCGGUCCUGGCCAUGUGCUCCCCCACUGCGGGCCCCUGGUGCUGGCCCCCAGCCUAGUGGUGGCAGGGCUUUCUGUCCACAGGGAAGUAGCUCUGCUCUGCUCUGCUCACUGGGGCCUGGCCUUGCUGCUUAUCCUGCUCCUGGUGGUCUGUUCUCAGCACCUGGGUUCCUGCCAGUUACCCCCAUGCCCCUGGAGGCCAGCUUCAACCUCCUCAGCUCACACUCACAUUCCUGCCUUCCGGCUGCACAUUCCUGCCUUCCGGCUGCACAUUCCUGCCUUCCGGCUGCUCUCGGUGCUGGUCCCAGUGGCCUGCGUGUGGGUCCUGUCUGCCCUGCUGGGUCUCAGCAGCCCUCCCUUGGAGCUGUCUGCUCCCACCGAGGUGCCGUGGUUGUGGCUGCCGCAUCCAGCGGAGUGGGCCUGGCCCUUGCUGACACCCAGGGCGCUGGCUGCAGGCAUCUCCAUGGCCUUGGCAGCCUCCACCAGCUCUCUGGGCUGCUACUCCCUGUGUGGCCGGCUGCUGCAUUUGCCUUCUCCACCCCCCCAUGCCUGCAGUCGGGGCCUGGGCCUGGAGGGUCUGGGCAGUGUGCUGGCUGGGCUGUUGGGGAGCCCCAUGGGCCCUGCAUCCAGUUUCCCCAACGUGGGCACAAUGAGUCUUAUUCAGGCUGCAUCUCGGCGAGUGGCUUACUUGGUCGGGCUGUUCUCUGUGGGGCUCGGGCUCUCCCCGAGGCUGGCCCAGCUGCUUACCACCAUCCCGCUGCCUGUAUUUGGUGGGGUGCUGGGGGUGACCCAGGCUGUGGUUUUGUCUACCGGAUUCUCCAGCUUCCACCUGGCUGACAUUGACUCUGGGAGGAACGUCUUCAAUGUCGGCUUCUCCAUCUUCAUGGCGCUGCUGCUGCCAAGAUGGCUACGAGAAGCUCCCACCUUACUGAGCACAGGCUGGAGUCCCCUGGAUGUAUUACUGCGCUCACUGCUCAGAGAGCCCAUCUUCCUGGCUGGACUCCUGGGCUUCCUUCUAGAGAACACCGUCCCGGGAACACGACUGGAGCGAGGUCUAGGUCAAGGGCUGCCACCUCCCUUCACUGGCCAAGAUGCAUGCGUGCCUCAGAAGUCCAGGGAGAAGGCUGCUCAUGAGUACCAGCUUCCUGUUCCUGUCCAAAACCUGUGUCCCUGCAUCCCCCCACCCCUCCGUUGCCUCUGUCCACUGCCAGAUGACCCUGGGAAUGAGGAAGGAGGGCCCUCUGAGCCAGGAGAGACAGCUGACUUGCUACCUGGUUUGGGGGAGCAGUGCCCUGGGUCUAACAGAGAACAUAGGUCCAAGUAAUUACCAGGACUCCUCCUUCUGCUCAAGGUCUGUUAACCUUAUCUCCCAAAUUUGCUGGAGUUAGUUCCCAGGAUCUACAUUGGUUUUUGUAACUGGGCCAGACUUCCAGAGCAGGGGAGCAUGGUUGAGAUGGUCAUGAUUCUGCUGGUGAACUAUCAAUGCCAUUUGAAUCCCAGUAUUCACUC